AUGGCGAACAGUGAGAGCAGAAGCAGAAGCUCAAGAUGGACUCUCAAGGGAACCACAGCUCUAGUUACUGGCGGAACUCGUGGAAUCGGACAUGCUGUGGUGGAAGAACUAGCUGAGUUUGGUGCCUCAGUGUACACUUGUUCUAGGAACCAAGAAGAGCUUAAUAAAUGCUUAAACGAGUGGAAAGAGAAAGGCUUUUCAGUUCAUGGAUCGGUUUGCGAUGUGACUUCUUCUUCUCAUAGAGAGGAGCUUCUUCGAAAAGUGGCUUCUGUCUUUAACGGCAACCUCAACAUACUUGUAAACAAUGUUGGAACAAAUGUGAGGAAGCCAACAAUUGAGUAUACAACCGAAGAUUAUUCAAACUUACUGUCAAUUAACUUGGAUUCUGCAUAUCAUCUAAGCAAACUGGCACAUCCUCUUCUUAAACAAUCUGGAAAUGGAAGCAUUGUGUUCAUUUCCUCUGUUGCAGCUCUCACAAGUGUAGGUUCAGGAACCAUCUAUGCAGCAUGUAAAGCUGCAAUCAAUCAGUUGAGCAAAGGUCUUGCUUGUGAAUGGGCCAAAGACAAUAUAAGAAUCAACUGUGUUGCACCUUGGUAUACAAAAACGCCACUUAAUGAUUAUUUAUAUGCUAACAAAGAGUUUGUGAAUGAAGUACUAUCUCGAACGCCGAUAAAACGCAUAGCAGAAACACAUGAAGUGUCUUCUUUGGUGGCUUUCCUUUGCCUGCCUGCUGCUUCCUACAUCACAGGACAGAUUGUUUCUGUUGAUGGAGGAUUUACUGCUAAUGGAUUUCAACCCAGCAUGAUCAUUAGAAGUGAUUAA